CUUCUGCAUCGGGUUCCUAUUUAGCGGAACACCUAACCCAACAAGUCAUAGUGAUUUCGCUUGGAUUGUUUAAUUCGAAGAAAAAAAACUCUUCAAAUAACUAAUCUUACAACUUUCACAAGGAAGAUGAAGCAUCGGAUAUGGUCAGUUUCUAUACAUUUUUUGUGUUGUUUAUGAUUAUAUUAAUUUCCUUUAACCCUUAGUAUGGUGUCUGAUUUCUUUUAUCCAAAUAUGGGUGGUGUGGAGAGUCAUAUUUAUUCAUUGUCUCAAUGUCUCAUGGCACUAGGGCAUAAAGUCAUAAUCAUCACCCAUGCUUAUGGCGAUAGGACAGGUGUCAGGUACCUGUCAAACGGGCUUAAGGUAUUUUUAGAUCUAGACAGGAUGCUUAACUAACUUUAAAACUUUUUUCAGACAUAUUAUUUACCUAUACAUCCUAUUUAUAAUCAAUGUAUCUUACCAACCGUAGUAUUUACCUUACCCCUUAUCAGAAAUAUAUUAAUAAGAGAAAAUAUUGACAUUGUGCAUGGCCAUUCGGUAAGAUUUUUCAUAGUUUUAUCUAUUCUUACAAAGAAAACGUUCAAUAGGCAUUUUCAACACUUGCUCACGAAGCUAUGCUACAUGCUAAAGCAAUGAAGUUGAAAACUGUCUUUACUGAUCAUUCUCUUUUUGGAUUUGCCGAUAUCAGCUCAAUUCUAACGAAUAAAGUUCUCAAAGUAUCUUUAGCCGAAUGUAAUCAUGUAAUUUGCGUCUCACAUACCAGUAAAGAAAAUACAGUAUUAAGGGCAGCUAUUAGUCCACAUAAAGUGUCAGUUAUACCUAAUGCAGUUGAUGCUACUUCCUUCGUUCCAGAUACUUCAAAUAGGAAUUCCGAUAAAAUCACAAUUGUUGUGGUUUCUAGACUAGUAUACAGAAAAGGCACUGAUCUAUUGGCUGCCAUCCUACCAGUCAUUUGUAAAAAAUAUCCUCAGGUUGAUUUUAUUAUAGGUGGAGACGGCGCAAAGAGAUUAAUUCUCGAAGAAGUUAGAGAACAAGAAAAAUUACAAGAUAGAGUUCAAAUGUUGGGUAAUCUUCACCAUGAUCAAGUACAUGGCGUCCUCAAUCGCGGUCAUAUCUUCCUAAAUACCUCAUUAACAGAGGCUUUCUGCAUUGCUAUUGUAGAAGGGGCUUGUUGUGGUUUACAAGUUGUUACAACUAAAGUUGGUGGUAUACCGGAAGUUCUACCAGAACAUUUGGUUUAUCUUGCCGAACCUAAUCCUAAAAGUUUAAUUGAGGCGUUGGAGGCUGCUAUAGAAAAUCGUAUAAGCGGAAAUAUCUUGGAUCCUUGGGAACAGCAUAGACAAGUUUCACUAUUAUAUACUUGGGAGAAUGUUGCGGAACGAACAGUUAAAAUAUAUAAUAGAAUUAUAAAUGAAGAAAAUGAAAUAUUAUCAAAUAGAAUCAGAAGAUAUUCUCAUUUAGGAAAAGUUGCAUCACCAUUUUUUAUGGCCGUUAUUCUUCUACAUUUUUUCUUUUUGUUCUUGAUUGAACGACUUAGGCCUAGAGAAAAUAUUGAUGUCGUUCCAGAUUUGAACGGAUGUUGGAAAGAUGAUUAAAUCAUAAUUUUUUGAAUAAUAUUAACUAUAAAUAAUAAUUUAUUCAUAAUGAAUAAACGCUUGUUUCAUUUUUACUUUAUAUUUUUACUGUUUCGCUC